AGACUUCUCUAUGCUGAUUUGCAAAAUGACGGAAGAUAAAAUUCGAGGUCCCCUCACUCCUGCUCAGAGGGUGUGGCUUGGACCACGCACUGCUCCAGGUACCUCUUCUUCCUCUGCUAGUGUCCCUGUGACCUUGUCCUCUGACCCUCUCUGCCCGUCCUCCACACAGAAAGUACGAAGUUUGUUUUCAUCCUCAUCCUCAACUACUCCUUCUCACCAACAUCUCUCUGCACCUCCAUCAAGAAUGGUAGUGACAAUGACAUGGUUCUAGUGACUGGUCACCACCACCAUAUCCCACUAUCCCCCAGUUGGUCAGUAGCUCACGGACGGGAGAGAGAGACACAACACGGAUUGGAGGUCUGCUACUGACUCUCUCUCUCUCUCGCUUUAACCUAGUCUUCAUGUUUCAAAUCCUAUUGUUUGCUGCAUUUCUGCUUUAGCGAGUUCUGAAAUCUGAUUGGUCAAUUAGUUGUAGGAUGGCUGCAUGCGAAGCUUAUGGCAAUAUACAGUUAAUGCUCAGAUUAUUUACUUUGCGUAUACAGUAUCCUGGUUUAUAAAAACUGGAUGCAGAAUAUGUAUGUGCAGACUAUGCCUCUAAACGACUCCACCAGUUAGUUGCGAAUGAUUGUCAUUGAUGUGUGAGGGAGUUUUUAAAUAUUGUACUAAUUCUCUCCUCUCCCUUCUACAGUUGCAGAGUCAAUCACGACUUCUUCUUCCUCUUCUGGUGUCCCUGUGUCCUCGUCCUCUGACCCUCUCUCCCCGUCCUCUAACUCUCCUCUCACCUCCUCUACUUCUG